GCGGCUUUCUUUGGCAUCAGUCGCUUUCGGUUGCCCCUAGCCGACAGUCGAGGCCGGAAUUGACGUCGUUGUUCCUGUUGCUGUUGCUUUUAUUGUCGUUAUCUCAUUUCCAUUUUACGCGCGAGGAGGGGACUAAUAGAGAGGAGAGAUCAUGUCAUUUCUGGUGUUUGCGCUAAUCUUGUACAUCAUCUGGGAUGUGAAUUACUUCAUCCGGUGCGUCUUUACGGUCUUCGCCGGCCGACUGUUUCAGCGCAAGCGCAAGGUGACCGACACAACCACAAUCUAUGGCCUCUGCACGUCUCAGGAUGUGGACAUCUUUAUCCGCCACAUGAACAAUGCACGCUACGUGCGUGAGCUAGACUUCGCCCGCUUUCAUUUCUAUGCUCUGACCGGUCUCUAUGAGCGUGUGAAGGAGCGUCGUGGCGGAGCCGUGCAGGGCGCCAGCAGCGUCCGCUAUCGCCGUACUAUUCCCAUCUUCCAUCCAUACAAGAUACAGACAAAGCUCAUCUGGUGGGAUGAAAAGGCCAUCUACCUGGAGCAACAGUUUGUGACGCUGUCCGAUGGCUUUGUGCGUGCCGUCGCCCUCUCCAAGCAGUGCAUCACCAACUGCAACGUGUUAGAGAUACUCAAGACCUACCCGGAGGCGGGCAAGCGACCGGAGAUGCCCGCUGAGCUGAAGCUGUGGCUGGACGCCAUCGAGCUGUCCAGCCAGAAGUUGCGCAAAGACAAGUGAGACUGCCGACAGCAAUCGCAUUUGCAUAACUCAUUUCCAUAUAUUAAUAUGGAUGUCUCUACUCGUAGUCUUGUGCGGUAGUUUCUACGUUUCUGUUUUUUUUUGUUUUGUUAUAAAAGUUUUUUUAAGUGUAAAUAAAAAAAUGUUGUAUGGGGGGCUAAGCCAUUUUCUACACUAUUAUUCGAA